CGAGAGAGAGAGAGAGUGAGAGAGAGAGAGAGAAGACAGAAAUGAUUCACAGAAGAAGAGACAGACUCUGGCUAUAGAAGUGGAGAGUGGCGGAUGAGAGAUAAACAGAGAGAAUAAGAGAAAGAAAGAGAGAAAGAAAGAGAGAGAGAGAGCAGGAGGGGACAAGGACAGUGAUAAACUACUGCAUUCAUAAAACAGUUGAGAACGUGGAGGAAUAUUGAAACAGAACGACAGAGAGAGAGAGAGAGAGAGAGAGAGAGAGAGCAUAAAACUAUCACAUUCACAAAAGGGGCUGAGAGUGAGAGACCUAUCUGAGAGAGAAAGAGAGAGAGAGGGAUGCAGAGGAAAGAAGAGGGAGUGCUCCUUAUCUUGUCACUCGGGGGAGACCACUGAGAGUUACAGAGAGAGAGGGAGAGAGAGAGAGAGAGAGAGAGAGGGAGCGAGAAAAGAGAGAAGGAGAGAGAGCUCUCUGCUUCUCACAUGGUUGCACAGCAGGCAUUUCCUCUCGUCUUAAGCUGCGCACAACUCUACGGGGAUCUACGACAAGCGAAAAUAAAACUUGGAUACAUCGUCCUCCGAUCAGUCUUGGAAACGAACCACGCGUUGUGGAUCGCGUUUCUGUGUACUUGUGCAAGUGCGAGUGAGAGAUAGACAGAUAGACAGUCAGAGAGAGAGAAGGAGAGAAGGAGAGACCAAGAGAAGGAUAAGAGAGGAGUGGGAGAGCCUUGACGAGUCAACGUUGCCGGUUGGACUUGUCGGCGUGUAGGCGGAGGGUGAGCGGACGCCCGGAGAAGCAUGCUGCAGACCAUUUACGAGAGCGAGUCGCGUAUCCCUUCUGACUGGCUACGAAAAAUCUUGGAUGCACACACCAUGCCUAGUAGUGUCAUCGGCUCAGGCGUGAGUGCGGAGCUCUUAGCCGCGGCGGCCGCGGUGAGCAGCAGCAGCAGCAGCGGCGGUGGCGUCGCCCUCGGUGCCGUCGGCACGGGCAGCACGGCCGGCACCAACGGCAACGGCAACGGCAACGGCGGCGGGAGCAGCAGCGGCGGCAGCAGCAGAGGAGGAGGAGGAGGAGGCGGCUGGGAGCGCGAGCCCGAGGAGUGGGAGCAGGAGCUCCAGCGCGAGCUGCUCCUCAUCCAGCGGCAGCAGUACAUCCAGAAGCAGCUGCUCAUCUCAGAGUUCCACAAGCAGCACCAGAACCUGCUGAGGCAGCACCAGGCCCAGCUACAGGAGCACAUCAAGCUGCAACAGGCUCUUCUGACGCUGCGCCAGCAGCAGGAGUUGCUGGCGGAGGAGCGUCGGCAGGAGGCCGAGGAGGAGGAGCGUGAGAGGGAGGAGAAGCUGGAGGAGGAACGCGAGCAGGAGCUCCAGAUGAUGGAGCAGCAGCACCAGCACCAACAGCACCAUCAGCACCAACACCACCAACAGCAGCAGCAGCAUCUCCUCCAUCAGCACAGGAAGAAGGAGCGCAGCAGAGAGAGUGCCAUGGCCAGCACGGAGGUCAGACAGAAACUUCACGACUUCCUGUUGAACAAAUCGGCGAAGGAACUCUCGCCCAACUGCACUGGUCACCCCUCCGCCCACCGACCCAAGAUCUGGUACAUGCCUGUGGUUGCCUGGUCGGCAGCCUCUGAGCCCAACCUGAAAGUCCGCUCCAGACUGAAGCAGAAGGUGGCGGAACGUCGGAGUGGUCCGAUCCCAAGGAGGCGGGACGGGAGUGUACUGGUCACCCCGCACAAGAUGCGCACCCUCGAGCUCAACGACUCCUCGGCCAAUGACAGCUCUCCAGGCUCCGGACCCAGCUCUCCUAUUGGCUACUGUGGCGUGGACAACGCGACGUCAUACCGACCCAGCGCGGUCCAGAUAGAGCGAUGCCUCUCCCAGACGGGCAUCCUGAACGCCGAGGGCUCCAUGGCGCUGCUGAACCUCUACACGUCCCCCUCACUGCCCAACCUGACCCUGAGCCUCUUCCAUCCACUCCAUGUGUGUGUGUGUGCUGCCACAGCUCUGAAGGGGAGAGCGGCAGAGGGCAUGUCCCGCCAUUCCCUGGGCGCCGUGCCACCCGUCUCCCUGGAAACCAAGGUCAACAACAGCCACCAGGCACUGCUGCAGCACCUCCUCCUGAAGGACCAGAUCAGGCAGCAGAAGAUCCUCUCACCUGUCGCCGGCAGUGUGCCCGUCAUGCCCUUGUCUCCCCUGGCGAUGAAGGAGCGACCCGCGUCCAGCUCGCGGCCCAAGCUGCCACGCCACCACCGGCCUCUGAACCGGACCCAGUCGGCGCCGCUGCCCCAGAGCACGCUGGCCCAGCUCGUCCUCCAGCAGCAGCACCAGAACUUCGUGGAGAAGCAGAAGCAAUACCAGCAGCAGGUCCACCUCAACCAGAUUCUGUCGCAGUCCAUCGAGCACCUCCGACACCCCAGCGCUCACCUGCAGGAGGAGGACGAGGAGAGCAGCCUGCAGGAGCCCAGGGCUGAGUGCGCCACACUGCCCUCUGGUGGCGUCAUCCGGCACCACAGCCUGAGCAGCCGCAGCAGCAGCAGCAGCACCAGCUCCUCGUCCACGGGUAACGGUGGCGGCGGAAGCAGCCGGACCAGCAUGGACAUCGAGCCCAGCGAGGCCCAGAUCGCCGCCGCGGCCGCCAUCACCACCGCCAUCGUCGCCGUCAAGGUGAAGGAGGAGCCGUACUCCGACACGGAGGAGCAGAUGGAGGAGGGCAGGGAGAGCGUGGGGCAGAGAGAGGGAGUGGACGCGGAGGUCAGGGGUCAACUGAGCGAGGUGAAGACGGAAGACACGUCGGCCAUGACCGAGGACUGAAUGUAGGGAGACGGAGAAAUGGAGAGAGGAGAGAGUGGAGAGAGAAAGAGAGAGAUGGAUGGAUGGAUGGAUGGAUGGAUGGAUGGAUGAACGAUGGCAGGAUAAAACAACUCAGUCCUGCGUUUUGUGUCUGUUUUCCUUUUCUCUUUCAUGUGUUCCCCUGGACUUUCUCUAUCCUCCCCUCCCUCCCUCCCUCCAUCCCUCUCUCCUCCUCCGCUCCGUGAACCUCUCCUUUCACUCUUCCUCUGGCGCUCUGAUCUCGACCUCAGCGCCGUCGUUACUUUGACACGAGGGCCGAUGGACGCCUCUUGUCAACACACACCGCUCAAGUGUGUGGACUUGUGCCGUUGUGUGACUCUGUAACUGUGAUCCCUCUUUUUUCUCUGUUGUGUGUUGUCUCUCCAUGUGUGUGUAUGGGUAUGUGUGUGUGUGUGUGUGCCAUCAUACAUGUGAAUGUGUGUGUGUGUGUGUG